CCCCGCUGCUCUCGAUUGCCCGCGCACCGAGUUUCCUGCCUGCUCGCUCCGCUGCUCUCCUCGACUCCUCCUGCGUACCGACCGGUCCGAGGCACGCCGCGGCGAAGGCUCCGCCGGUCAGGUCGUCGUUAGGUUGGUUGGUUGGGUCGCGGGCAUGUCCACGGCGGUGGCGCGGCCGGCGCACGGCGGAUUCCGGCGGUCGGGGAGCGGGAAGCCGGAUCCGGACGAGGCGGACAGGAUGAUGCAGAGCGCCAACGGGUACUUGGUCCAAGAAGAGGAGGAGGAAGAGCAUGGCGAUGAGGCGGCGGCGAGGAGAGAGGAUGAGGACGAGGCGGAGGCGGUGUCGGAGGCCUCGUCGAUCGGGGCGGCGUUGUCCGACAGCUCCUCCUCUAUCGGGGAGAACUCCGCAUCCGACAAGGAGGAGGAGGAGGAGGUGGAGAGCACGGCGCAGGGGCUCGGCAUGAUGGGGCUGGCCACGCUCGAAUCCUUGGAUGAUGCCCUGCAUCCAAGUAAGCUGCUACUUCUCUGCUAAUCCCUGGCGUCGAGGACGGGGUCGUCCCAGAUGGCGUCGGUGAAGUAGCGCGAGAAGUUUGUGUGGCAGUACUCGGCCGCGGCGACGACCGCGGUGGUGGGCAGCUGCGUCUCCCAGAGCCGCCGCACGUCGAAGUCGAGGUAUAUCGUGCGCGGCACGCAGCGCGGGAGCAGGCCGUCGAGGUUGUUCCGCGCGUAGUUGAGCGGCGCCUCAAGCGCGGCGCGCACGGACGCGGAGAUGAGCCCGGCGACCGCGUCAGCGCGGAACGGGUAGAUCUCGAAGCUCAGGGACGGGAAGGAGGCCGCCACGACGGCCCGGAGCCCGGCGGCCACCGGCGCGCCGCUGCCCUCCGUGUCGAGCGUCAUGGCGAUGUUGAAAGGGAAAUGUGCCCUUGGGCCAUUUCUAAGUGUUUUGGUGAUUUAGUGUCCAACACAAGUGCCUAAGUGUAAAGAGGUGGACAAAUUAUAAAUCAAGGAUAAAGGUAUGUUUCUCAGACUUAGUACAUUGUUUUAUGGACUAAUGUAUAGUGUCUAAGUGCUGGAAACAGGAAAAAUCCAAUUGUAAAUGUCUUGGCUCGAGCAGCCAAGACUCUGCUGAGUCUGGGAGCACCGGACUGUCCGGUGGUGCACCGGACAGUGUCCGGUGCGCCAGGCUGGUGCGAGCGAAGUGGCCGCUCUCGGGAAUUCACCGGCGACGUACGGCUAUAAUUCACUGGACUGUCCGGUGUGCACUGUACUGUCCGGUGAGCCAACGGUCGGCCGCGCAAUCUGCGCGGGACACGUGGCCGAGCCAACAGCUAGAAGAUGACACCGGACUGUCCGGUGUGCACCGGACAUGUCCGGUGCGCCAACGGCUCUCAGCCUGCCAACGGUCGGCUUCGCUAUUUAAGGAAGGAAAUCGGGCACCGGACAGUGUCCGGUGUGCACCGGACUGUCCGGUGCGCCAGUCGACAGAAGGCAAGAUCAGCCUUCCUAGAUUGCUCUCAACGGCUCCUAGCUGCCUUUGGGCUAUAAAAGGGACCCCUAGGCGCAUGGAGGAUGACACCAAGCAUUCCUACAACAUCUCUAAGCACCAAGACCUCGAUUCCGCGCAUUUGUUUCAUUGUGAUAGCAUAUAGAGCUCUAGUGGAGUUGUGAACUCAUUGAGUUGUGUUGCGAACUCUUGUUGCGACUUGUGUGCGUGUUGACACUCUGAUUCUUGUGUCUUGUGUGCAUUGCUAAUCCCUCCCUUGCUCUGUGCUUCUUUGUGGAUUUCAAGUGUAAGGGCGAGAGGCUCCAAGUUGUGGAGAUUCCUCGCAAACGGGAUUGAGAAAAGCAAGCAAAACACCGUGGUAUUCAAGUGGGUCUUUGGACCGCUUGAGAGGGGUUGAUUGCAACCCUCGUCCGUUGGGACGCCACAACGUGGAGUAGGCAAGCGUUGGUCUUGGCCGAACCACGGGAUAACCACUGUGCCAUCUCUGUGAUUGAUCCUUGUUGGUUAUUGUGUUUUGUUGAGGAUUCCUCUCUAG